GACUGAAGCCGGAAGUCACGUGCGGUUACAGCCGCCCGGGUGAGGCCGCCGUCGUCGCCAAGGCUGUUUGGGGCUGUGACUGUGGGAGGCACCGGAGUGAUGGCGGUGGAGACUCUGUCCCCGGACUGGGAGUUCGACCGCGUUGACGACGGCUCACAGAAAAUUCAUGCUGAAGUCCAGCUUAAGAAUUAUGGGAAAUUUCUUGAGGAGUAUACCUCUCAGUUGAGAAGAAUUGAGGACGCACUGGAUGAUUCAAUUGGAGAUGUUUGGGAUUUCAAUCUUGAUCCUAUAGCAUUAAAGCUUUUGCCUUAUGAACAGUCUUCCCUUUUGGAACUCAUAAAGACUGAAAACAAGGUCUUAAACAAAGUCAUCACUGUUUAUGCUGCACUUUGUUGUGAAAUCAAGAAAUUAAAAUAUGAGGCUGAAACUAAAUUUUACAAUGGUCUCUUGUUUUAUGGAGAAGGAGCUACAGAUUCCAGCAUGGUGGAAGGCGAUUGCCAAAUCCAGAUGGGGAGAUUUAUUUCAUUCUUACAGGAACUGUCUUGUUUUGUUACGAGGUGCUAUGAAGUGGUGAUGAAUGUAGUCCAUCAGUUGGCUGCCCUCUAUAUCAGUAACAAGAUUGCACCCAAAAUUAUAGAGACAACUGGAGUUCAUUUUCAGACUAUGUAUGAGCACUUGGGAGAGCUGCUAACAGUUCUGCUUACCCUGGAUGAAAUUAUUGACAAUCAUAUCACACUGAAAGACCACUGGACUAUGUACAAAAGGUUACUGAAAUCUGUCCAUCACAACCCUUCAAAAUUUGGAAUUCAGGAAGAAAAACUAAAGCCAUUUGAAAAGUUCUUGCUGAAGCUAGAAGGACAGUUACUUGAUGGAAUGAUAUUUCAGGCCUGUAUAGAACAGCAGUUUGAUUCUCUCAAUGGAGGAGUAUCUGUGUCAAAAAAUAGCACUUUUGCUGAAGAAUUUGCACAUAGUAUUCGCUCAAUUUUUGCAAAUGUAGAAGCCAAACUUGGCGAACCUUCUGAAAUUGACCAGAGAGACAAGUAUGUAGGAAUUUGUGGACUCUUUGUAUUGCACUUUCAAAUUUUUCGAACGGUUGAUAAAAAGUUUUACAAGUCUUUAUUGGACAUUUGUAAGAAGGUACCAGCCAUCACUCUGACUGCUAAUAUUAUUUGGUUUCCUGACAAUUUUUUGAUCCAGAAAAUACCAGCAGCUGCCAAACUUCUGGAUAGAAAAAGUCUUCAAGCCAUUAAAAUCUACAGAGAUACUUUCCUACAGCAGAAAGCUCAGUCCCUUACCAAAGAUGUACAGUCUUACUACGUCUUUGUGAGCUCAUGGAUGAUGAAAAUGGAAUCUAUUUUAUCUAAAGAGCAGAGAAUGGAUAAAUUUGCUGAAGACCUUACCAAUAGAUGUAAUGUUUUUAUACAGGGCUUUUUAUAUGCAUACAGUAUUAGUACCAUUAUUAAAACCACAAUGAAUCUCUACAUGUCCAUGCAAAAGCCAAUGACCAAAACAUCAGUUAAGGCAUUAUGCAGGCUUGUUGAACUUCUCAAGGCAAUAGAACAUAUGUUCUACAGGAGAAGCCUGGUUGUGGCUGAUUCAGUCUCACAUAUAACACAGCACCUUCAGCAUCAGGCUCUUAAUUCUAUUUCCGUGGCCAAGAAAAGAGUAAUUUCUGACAAAAAAUAUAGUGAACAGCGUCUUGAUGUGCUCUCUGCUCUAGUUUUGGCUGAAAACACUCUAAAUGGACCAAGCACAAAGCAACGACGACUUAUUGUUUCUUUGGCACUAAGUGUUGGCACACAAAUGAAAACAUUUAAAGAUGAAGAACUCUUUCCACUUCAAGUAGUCAUGAAAAAGCUGGAUCUUAUCAGUGAACUUAGAGAAAGAGUCCAAACACAAUGUGACUGUUGUUUUUUAUACUGGCAUCGAGCUGUCUUCCCAAUUUAUUUAGACGAUGUAUAUGAAAAUGCUGUUGAUGCAGCCAGAUUACAUUACAUGUUCAGUGCUUUACGUGACUGUGUACCUGCUAUGAUGCAUGCAAGGCAUUUAGAGUCCUAUGAAGUACUUCUGGAUUGCUAUGACAAGGAAAUCAUGGAAAUUUUAAAUGAGCAUUUGCUGGACAAGUUGUGCAAAGAAAUAGAGAAGGACCUGCGACUUUCUGUGCAUACUCAUUUAAAGCUGGAUGACAGAAACCCUUUCAAAGUUGGCAUGAAAGACCUGGCCCUUUUUUUCUCUCUGAAUCCAAUUCGGUUUUUCAAUCGUUUCAUUGACAUUCGAGCUUAUGUAACUCACUACCUAGACAAGACUUUCUACAAUCUAACGACAGUAGCUCUUCACGACUGGGCCACUUACAGUGAAAUGAGAAAUUUAGCUACUCAGCGUUAUGGAUUGGUUAUGACCGAGGCACAUCUUCCUAGUCAGACUUUGGAACAGGGCCUGGAUGUCUUGGAAAUUAUGAGAAACAUUCAUAUAUUUGUGUCUCGAUACCUCUAUAAUCUCAACAAUCAAAUUUUUAUUGAACGAACAAGCAAUAACAAACAUUUGAACACUAUUAACAUUCGGCAUAUUGCUAAUUCAAUUCGAACACAUGGCACAGGAAUCAUGAAUACAACAGUUAACUUCACCUACCAGUUUUUGAAAAAGAAGUUCUAUAUAUUUAGCCAAUUUAUGUAUGAUGAACAUAUCAAAUCCAGAUUGAUUAAAGAUAUUCGGUUUUUCAGGGAAAUCAAGGACCAAAAUGAUCAUAAGUAUCCUUUUGAAAGAGCAGAAAAAUUCAAUCGAGGCAUCAGAAAACUUGGAAUAACCCCAGAGGGACAAAGCUACCUUGAUCAGUUCAGGCAGCUCAUCAGCCAGAUUGGUAAUGCUAUGGGCUAUGUACGGAUGAUAAGAUCUGGUGGGCUUCAUUGUAGCAGCAAUGCCAUUAGAUUUGUACCUGAUCUUGAAGAUAUUGUAAAUUUUGAAGAACUAGUAAAAGAAGAAGGUCUUGCAGAAGAAACAUUAAAAGCAGCUAGGCAUUUGGAUUCCGUCCUCAGUGAUCACACACGAAAUUCUGCCGAAGGCACAGAGUAUUUCAAAAUGCUUGUGGAUGUUUUUGCUCCAGAAUUUCGAAGGCCGAAGAAUAUACAUCUCCGAAAUUUCUAUAUCAUUGUUCCACCUCUGACCCUCAACUUCGUAGAGCAUUCCAUUAGUUGCAAGGAGAAAUUGAAUAAAAAAAAUAAAAUUGGAGCUGCCUUUACUGAUGAUGGCUUUGCCAUGGGUGUGGCUUAUAUUCUGAAGCUUUUGGAUCAGUACCAGGAAUUUGACUCACUUCACUGGUUCCAGUCUGUUAGAGAGAAGUACCUGAAGGAGAUAAGAGCAGUUGCUAAGCAACAGAAUGUGCAGUCAACUAGUCAGGAUGAAAAACUACUACAAACCAUGAAUCUCACUCAGAAGCGACUGGAUGUUUAUCUACAGGAAUUUGAAUUGCUCUGUUUCUCACUGAGCAGUGCAAGAAUUUUCUUCAGAGCUGACAAGACUGCAGCUGAAGAAAACCAAGAAAAGAAAGAGAAAGAAGAAGAGACUAAAACAAGCAACGGAGACCUGUCCGACAGCACUGUGUCUGCAGAUCCUGUUGUCAAAUGAUACUGAUGGUAUGCGUUGCCCCUAUGAAAUCAUCAGAAUUGUAUAUGAAAUGGAUGUUAAUAAGCUAAUAACCAAGUGUUUCCUGGGUCACAUCUCUGGGAAAUAUUUAGAUGCUGCAACUCUCUAAGGCAGUGCUCUAAAGUUAAGUCCAUUCUUCUUCUGAAGGCUCUACUUUUCAAAGGUUGAGAAUGAGAUUUUAAAAUCAGAUUUUUGUCUGGACUUUGGCUAGAUGUGCCUGGGAACAGUUAUUUGAAAUGAAGUUUUAGAAGGGUUAACUUAAAUUCCUAAACUGCCACCUCAGACCUCUUGUAAUCUACAUGAAUGUUUAUAAUUUGUAUUUGUAUAGGUCUUUGAUCCAUAUUUGUCUCAGUCAUUGGAAAUUCAGUGCAUAUACUAUGUACAUCCGGUAAUGUUUAAACAAAAGGAAUUGAGCCUGAAAUUCAUGAAGCAUACAUAUCAAUAUUCUUAUAAAAGGGAUAUAUGAAGAUGGUUUUGAUACUAGAGGUGAGGCAUAAGUGUUAUGUACCCUUUUUGUACAGUGUGAACUGAUUCACUGUUAAUUUCAUGUGGCUCACUAGAGCUGCUGCUGUCUGUGGUGAGAUAUUUUAUAACUAGUUUACAUUGCUUUGAGAACAUUUAACCUCCAAAAACUGCUUUAAAUUUAAGAUUUACUUAAUACUCAAGGGGGAAGAAAAUACAGAUAAAGCCAUAGAGUCCUGCUUGAAGCUUUACUUUUGGCUGAAGGCAUUAUGUAUGAUAGCAGAGAAAAUUGAAUGAAUUCUUAUUUCUACAUCCAAACUCAGGUUUCUUCUACAUUAGGUUGAACUGAAGUCUUGAUGAUGGUUUGGGCAGACUUUUUCUUUAAACCAAGUAUAAUCUAAGAAAUCAGAUUAAGCACUGUGCAGGCUUUUAAAAAAUUACCACUGUGAGAAUAAAGUUCUAAUAAACUAAACCACUUACUGAUUUAAAAGGUACAGAAAGAUUUUGAGUAAAUUUAGUUCCUGGCAAGCUAUUAGCUUUAUUUUUGUAAAGAUUAUAUCAGUUAAAUGGUUAAUCAUGGCCUAUAAUCUUUUAAUAUAAUACAGUGAUACCUUUACAGUGAAAACAAAAAAGUUUAAAACUUUAUGUGUAAUACUAACAUCAUUUUAGGAAAUACUUGAUUUUUCCAUUGCACUUGCCUAUUAAGCAUUUCUUUGGGUAAAUCCUGCAAGUAAUUCUAACAUUGUUGUUUGAUUUCCAGCUUUUGGAACGGGUGUACAAUGCCCUGUCUGUAUUCAUUGAUCACAGUCAGGGUAACUUUCCCAGCUCAAGAUAACACUUUCACUGUUAAAAUUCAGAAGAAACAGAAUAGGUAGGAAGUGUUUUUUGUUUAUUAUGUAAACAUGAUUUACAGAGUUAUGUACAAUGGAUGGAUUAAAGGCAUUUAAUAUUUGUAAUAUGUACUAACUGUAGAAAUGGCCCUAAAGCAUGCUGCAUAAUUAAUAAUUUAUAUUUUCAUUAUUGUAAAUGUUUAUAUUAAUGAUCUUGCAUUUGAUUGUAUCAAAUUGGUCACCAUUUCAUAGCAACAGUAUUGUUUUUUCUGUUUUUCUUCUCUAACUUCCCUAAAAUCAUCUCCUUUAAUAGAGAUAGAAAUUCUAAAUAGAAGAGAAUCAGAUGUCUCUGUCAUUAUCCCCACACAUGUCAGUUAUUUUAUCAAUACUAGAUAGAGUUCACAUGCUGACUGCAUGGAUACCUACAAUUGAGAAAAAUGUGACAGAUUAUUAUUUUGCCUUUAGUUCAAAAUAAUGUCACUGCAGUCUGGAUGAGGUAUAAUAAGUUUACUUAUUUGAAAUAAAAUCUCUGAAAAGAUUAAGCAUAUUUAAAUGCUGUUAAAAGUGCAGAGCAACAGGACUUGAGUGUUUUACACCUAAGUUGAUGUACACAUUUAGAUGACAGUUUUCCUUGCUGAUGUAUUGUUAAUAUUCUCAUUUUUUCAGACAUACUGCAGUUUAAAAAUCAGUGUGAGCAUUUGUUGUAAACUCACAGAAAACUUAAUGUUCAAAUUCUCAGGAAUUAAGGACUAACCGUAACAUUGUCAGUUCUAAUUAAAUUUUAUAAAAGAUGGCAAGUUUGUUAUCUCCGUUAAGUGGGGCUUUCCUCUUCCCCAGUUCUAAGAGAAUACAAUAUGCAUUGAUAUAAUAGAACAUUAAUAAAUAUAAUUUCAAAAAUUUACUUCCUCUGGAUGUUUAUGUUCAAAAUUGAAUGUCUUAACCCCAGUAGUUCUUAUAUUGAUCUUUUUGGAGUUCCUUUUAUCUAAUAGUGUGUGGAAUCUCUUUAAAAAAAUACUUGCGUGCACAUAGGCAAAAUUUCAAGUAUAAAACUGGUACUGGCUCCUCUUUGUGUAUCCCAGGUGGACUUUUGUUUUCUUUCCUUUUUAUAUUCUUAAUCUUUCUAUUGCUUGCUAUUUUCAAAUAAAAGAACCCACAUGAAUGUUUAAUUUUAAAUCUUAAUCCUGGGAAGGGAUCAUUAGUUUGCAAUGCUGUAGUGCCAUUUGCAGUCAUGACUUGAACUGAAACAGUCGUAAUAAAGGAAAGCCUUUUAAAUACUG